AUGGGUCUUACAACGUCUUUGUGUUGGCUUUCCUCGCAGGAGCCAAGCGGAUGGCAUUUCUGCGGUGGGUCCCUGGUUAACGAAAACUGGGUGGUAACAGCAGCCCAUUGUGGAGUGACGACCAACAAUUUUGUGGUGCUUGGAGAAUUUGACCGUUGCUCUUCCGAAGAGAAGAUACAGAAGCUGGCUGUUGAGAAGGUCUUUGUCCAUCCUGACUGGGACUCCGGGAAACUCAACAACGAUAUCGCCCUUAUCAAGCUGGCCACCCCUGCCACGUUCAGUGACACCGUGUCUCCCGUGUGCCUGACCGAUGCCACAGACUCGUUCCAGAGUGGAGACCUCUGUGUCACCACUGGCUGGGGGAAGACGCGGUACAAUGCUUUCGACACCCCUUGCAAGUUGCAACAAACAGCCCUGCCUCUCCUGUCCAAUCAGCAGUGCAGUGAAUUCUGGGGCAACAAAAUCACUGACUCGAUGAUCUGCGCCGGUGCAGCAGGCUCUUCUUCAUGUAUGGGUGACUCUGGUGGACCGCUGGUGUGUCAGAAUGGCAAUAUUUGGAAGUUGGUGGGCAUCGUUUCUUGGGGUAGCAGCCGCUGCUCGAUCAGCACACCGGCUGUCUAUGGUCGGGUCAGUGUCUUGCGUGCCUGGGCCGACCAGAUCAUGGCCAAUAACUGAACCUGGGAAAAGGAGAGAAGGCCAUGAAUGCAUUAAAAA